GAAUCAUAAUGCGGAUGGUGGAGCGCUUUGCUUCGGACACCGCCCUCGCCCUUGCCCCUCCUUCCUCCGCUGCGGCGGCAGCGGCUAGUUAAUUAAUACUUUGCUUCCCCUCCUCUUUUCUCCUGCUUCCUUUUUUUCUCCCCUUCUCAUCCAUCCUUUGCCUAUCACCUCUACCCUCACCUUUUUAGAAUCUUUUUUUGCCCCGAGAAAAUUCACAAUGGCCGCCCCCGCUCACAAGUUCAAGGUCGCUGACAUCUCCCUCGCUGCCUUCGGGCGCCGCGAGAUCGAGCUCGCCGAGGUUGAGAUGCCUGGUCUCAUGGCCAUCCGCAAGAAGUAUGCUGCCGACCAGCCUCUUGCCGGUGCUCGCAUUGCCGGUUGCUUGCACAUGACCAUCCAGACUGCCGUCCUCAUCGAGACUCUCACUGCCCUCGGUGCUGAGGUGACAUGGACCAGCUGCAACAUCUUUUCUACCCAAGACCACGCCGCUGCCGCCAUUGCUGCUUCCGGUGUUCCUGUCUUUGCUUGGAAGGGCGAGACCGAUGAGGAGUACGAAUGGUGCUUGGAGCAACAGCUUACUGCCUUCAAGGAUGGCAAGAAGCUCAACCUUAUCCUCGACGACGGCGGUGAUCUCACUGGCCUCGUCCACAAGAAGUACCCCGAGCAGCUCAAGGACUGCUAUGGUAUCUCCGAGGAGACUACCACCGGUGUCCACCACCUUUACCGCAUGCUCAAGGAAGGCAAGCUCCUUGUUCCUUCCAUCAACGUCAAUGACUCCGUCACCAAGUCCAAGUUCGACAACUUGUACGGCUGCCGUGAGUCUCUCAUCGACGGUAUCAAGCGUGCCACCGAUGUUAUGAUUGCCGGAAAGAUCGCUGUCGUUGCCGGAUACGGUGACGUCGGCAAGGGUUGUGCCCAGGCCCUGCAGAGCAUGGGUGCCCGUGUCAUUGUCACUGAGAUCGAUCCCAUCAACGCUCUUCAGGCCGCAGUCUCUGGCUUCCAGGUCACCACUAUGGAAGAGGCUGCUCCUGUUGGUCAGAUUUUCGUUACCACCACUGGUUGCCGUGACAUUCUCGUCGGUCGCCACUUCGAGGCUAUGCCCAACGACGCCAUUGUCUGCAAUAUUGGCCACUUCGAUAUUGAGAUUGAUGUUGCCUGGCUCAAGGCCAACGCCAAGUCUGUCCAGAACAUCAAACCCCAGGUUGACCGCUUCACCAUGGCCAGCGGCCGUCACCUCAUCCUGUUGGCUGAGGGUCGUCUUGUUAACUUGGGCUGUGCUACUGGCCACUCUUCCUUCGUCAUGUCCUGCUCCUUCUCCAACCAAGUCUUGGCUCAGAUUGCUCUAUACAAGGCUGGUGAUGCUACUUUCGGCGCCAAGUACGUUGAAUUUGGCAACGAGGGCAAGCGUCCCGUCGGCGUCUACGUCCUACCCAAGAUCCUCGACGAGCAGGUUGCCAAGCUCCACUUGGAGCACGUUAACGCUAAACUCACCACUCUCACCCCUGUCCAGGCCGACUACCUCAGUCUGGAUGCCACCGGUCCUUACAAGAGCGACAUCUACCGCUACUAGAGUGGAUAUGAUACCCCUUCUUUCUCACCCAUCUAUUAUAGGCGCACGGUGACAUAUAGACUUCUUUCAACAUGAGGUUACGAUGUUAUGAACACGAAAAGAGUUCUUUAUCAACAUAGAACUCACGAGCAUUUGGCCUUCAACGGCAAAAGUUUGAUUUCAAAAGCAGCAUAUGUUUGGGGAUUUGGUUUUCUUGGGGUCUUGGUAUAGGACUAGGGGGCGCGUUUCCAACAAAGCAUAAAAAACUAAUUCUCUUUUCUUUUCAUAUGUCUUAUUCCAAUUCAACACAGAUAUGCAUUGUCUAUAAUAGACAUAAUGCCAUGUACAUUUAUGUCUGAUUCUGAUUCGUCUCCAAUCUCCCGUAGUACGACAUCAUGAGUGGUCAAAGUAGUUCGCGUAAGAUAGCUCCAUUUCUUGAUAAAAACCAGUUCGCAUUCAUAUAAUAGGAGAUAUUUAUUAUAAA